GCCAGAGUGUUGCCCUUUGUGGUACAGCUCAAGCCACAUUACUUUGCCUUGCUCUUGCUCUGCUCUUUGUAAUUUUGGAUUUAUUGCCUUGCAGGUCACUUGAACCUGACUUUGCCUUCAGCAUCAAACCCUGCAUGGAUUACCGUUUUCUGGAAAGAAGCUAUCCAGCUCCAUGAACCAAGACUCAAGCCUCCUGUUUCCUCAUUGGAUCAAACCUGCUGGCAGUCUCCUGAUUCCUUCGUUCCGUGGAUCUACCACUGUGAACCCUGUCCACCCUCCUCCUUCCAUUGCACCAACUACAGAAACACGUGGACCAUCAAUCAUACUGGCACACCAGUGUUCACUGUCUCCGGUCCCACGGGAAGGUGCUGCAGACAGAACCAAAAGGGAGCUGGCCAGCCCUCUGCAUCCUGGCGGCAUCAGGGACCCAUUUGGCUCAUACUGCCAGAGAAGAGGAGGUUGCUGCCCUGGCAGAGAUGACCUGUGCACCGUGCCCUACCUGGAUACGAUCUGCUACUGUGACUUGUUCUGCAACCGUACCGUCUCUGACUGUUGCCCAGACUUCUGGGGUCACUGUUUGGGCAUUCAGCCACCUUUCAUUGGCAUCUGUGAAAGAAAUGGAAACAAGUUCUAUACAGGGCAAACAUACAAAGAAAACUGCAAUUUAUGUACAUGUGGGUCCUCUGGACGCUGGGAGUGCGAGCAGAAUGCCUGUCUGAUUGAACCUGACGUCAUCCAUGCCGUCAACAGAGGAAACUACGGAUGGAAAGCUGCCAACUACAGUCAGUUCUUUGGCAUGACCUUGGAUGAAGGCAUCCGCUUCAGACUAGGCACACAGAGACCUUCCAGCACUAUUAUGAACAUGAAUGAAAUUCAGAUGAACAUGGAUCCUCAGAAUGAUCGUCUACCACCACACUUCAACUCAGUGGAGAAGUGGCCGGGGAAGAUUCACGAACCGCUGGAUCAGGGCAACUGUGCCGCCUCAUGGGCUUUUUCAACUGCAGCUGUGGCAUCAGACCGAAUCUCCAUUCAGUCCAUGGGUCAUAUGACUCCUCAGCUUUCGCCCCAAAAUCUUAUCUCCUGUGACACUCGCAACCAAGGAGGCUGUGCAGGAGGGCGGGUAGAUGGAGCCUGGUGGUACCUCCGGCGCCGUGGAGUUGUGACAGAGGACUGUUAUCCAUACCAACCUCCGCAGCAAACCCCAGCAGAGAUGGGUCGCUGCAUGAUGCAGAGCCGUUCAGUAGGGCGGGGCAAGAGGCAAGCGACACAGCGUUGCCCCAACACACAGAACUAUCACAAUGACAUCUACCAGUCCACACCACCCUACAGGCUCUCAUCCAACGAAAAGGAGAUUAUGAAGGAGAUCAUGGAUAAUGGGCCUGUGCAAGCUAUUAUGGAUGUCCACGAAGACUUCUUUGUCUACAAGAGUGGGAUCUACAAACACACUGACGUCAGCUUUGCCAAACAGCCACAGUACCGCAAACAUGGCACACACUCAGUCAGGAUCCUUGGGUGGGGAGAGGACAGGGACUAUAAUGGGACACCACAGAAAUUUUGGAUUGCUGCCAACUCCUGGGGUAAGAACUGGGGGGAGGACGGAUACUUCCGCAUCGCUCGGGGAGACAACGAGUGUGAGAUCGAAACGUUUGUGAUCGGCGUUUGGGGCAGAAUCACCAUGGAGGACAUGCACAAUCAUCACCAUCACCAUCGCCGCAGACACAUUUGAAAGACCCGGAUGUUGAAACCCACCACUUUUACCUUUGUUUUUUUUUGCUCCACAGCAGAGAACAUCACAAUGUCCCUUUAACCAACACGCUGUCUGGGACGGCCACAAAAUCAGCCAAAAAUCUUACUUUACAAUGGGGAAUCUAUGCAAACACUGUUAAUUCCCUUUUUCGUUGGAAAAACCUUCCUAACUUUCUCUGUAACUCAAACUCAGGUUUAUGGCACCAAAAAACAAAGAAACAAACAAAAAAAACAUUCAAAGCUUCUUCAUUUUUCCUUGCAGUCUUCUUCUACCUUCUGAUCCAAAGACCACAGAUCCAGAAUCCUCAAGGCAUCUGACAGACCAAGCUCAUUUCAGAGAUGAUGACUGAUGAAAAAGUUCAAUGUGUUCCUUUUACUCUUUAGUCUUCUCUAGCUUUGUAUCUAUAAUCCAGAAAAACCGGACACUGCAAGCAGAGCUGGGAAAAUUAGGAAUCUGAGAAGCAGAUUACCAGACAUCAGUCCCUCUGUGGAAGACACGCCCUGCUAAACGCUGCAACCUGAUAAUAUAUCAUAGAUGACCCAAUGAUACUAACCUGUCAGCUACACAAAAGGAAAGGUUUAACCGUUCUACACAGAUUUAACAGAAAUCCACACAAGAGUUUAAAUAUCUCAUAUUCUGAAAUUAUUUCUCUUUUGAGCAUGUCUAUGAAAGAAGAAUCAACUAAGAUGUGACCAUGUUACUGAAACACCUGAUUGUUUUGGUUUCAAUCUAAGCCUAAAUGCAGCAAUUAAUUUACAAAUUUUACAGUUUGAAAUGCCUUAUGGAGACAGAAUUAACCUCUGCAAAAACAUGUGUCUUAAUUUACUCCGUUGUGUGUUCACUGUUACAUGUUCAAUAUACAAUUUUAUGUCGCAGUCAUACAUUAAAAUUAUAUUUUAUAUAUGUGUUUUAACGCAAACUGUGUAUAAAAAUCCUCAUAACAUUUAACUUUCUUUUCGGCAGAACUGUUGUGGUUUUAAUACAACGGUUUGGACCAAAUGGUAAAACUGCUGCUCCCUGUAUGCCACAGUAUUUGUCUUUAUAUGUUUUAUUUGUUUUACAUUACAAUGCAAGUAUUCACACUAGAACCUUUUCACAUUUUUUAAGUUUACUUUAAUGUAUUUUAUUAAGAUUUUUUAUAUGAAAAUCCAACACUCACGAGAGCAUAAUUGUGAAGUAGAAGAUAAAGGAUAUCUGGUUUUCAUGCUUGAGUCAGUUCUCGCCUUAAAUUCUUAAUUGUAAUUUAGGACUGGACUUUGACUAGACUAUUCUAACACAUUAUUUAGUUUUUAUCUAAACCAUUCCAUUGUAGUACUGGCUGUUAGUUUAGGACAGCCUUGCUGGAAGGACCUUUAAAAGCUUUGCUUCCAGGAUUGCCCUGUAUUCAGCUCCAUCCAGCUUCUUUGUUCCUGCUGAAGCAAAGCAUCCCUACAGCGUGAUGCUGUCACCAUCAUGUUUUACAGUGGUGCGUGUAUUAUUUUGCAUGUUUACAAAAAAGUGAAAUUUUGGUCUCCUCUCUUUCCACAUGUGUGUUGUGCUCCCUGGCUUGUAGCAAACAGGUACUGUUAUGGUUUUCGUUGAAUUGCUUUGAUGUUUCCUCUCUUCCAUGGCCAGACUACAGUUCUGGUAAACCCUCUGCUAACUCUGCUUUCAAUAUGUCCACAACUUUCUCCUUGACCUGUCUGCUGUGUUCUUGGUCUUCAUGAUGUUGUUUGUUCAUUAAUGUUCUUUAGGAAAUCUCCGAGGUCUUCACAGAACCGCUGGACAAUACUGAGAAUAACUUACACACAGGUGGACUCUCUUUAUUUAGAUGACUUCUAGUAAGGGGGACAGAACACAAAUGCUUGAAUAUUUUUCAUCAGAUUUUUAUUUGUGUUAAACUUUAAAAACCUUAUAUAGUUUGUCUUUCACUUCACAAUUAUAUUCCACUGUGAGUUGAUCUGUCACCUAAAAUCCCAGCAGAACAGAGUGAAGUUUGUGGUUGUAACCAACUGUAAAAUAUUUUAAGGGAUUUAAAUAUUUCACUGUAUGUAAAACCACUUCAAUAACAAAUAGAUUAAAGUCUCACCUGACUUCCUUUUCAAAAUAUCCUUUAAAUGUUCCUUUAUCUGUAUUCACCUGACUUGAAAAGAAAAACUCAGUUUGUUAUUACUUUGUAUCUUAGAUUACAUCCUGGCCCUGCUUCAGCUUUGACUUCAAAAGGAAUUUCUCUCUCAUCGUGUCUUGUGAUCUUUAAGGUCUUUCUGUCUUUGCUUCAGGCAUGAAUAGACAGAAAGAUGCAAAAGCACAGAGGAAUGUCUGGAUGGACAAGCAAUGUGCAAUGCGGUGCAUUGCAAGCUUCAGUUUUAUCCCUUGACAAAUUGCUUUAUGCUCACUACAAUACAAAAACAAUGUUGUUUAAAAAAAUGCGUAUGCAUGUGUGGAAGCAGGAAAAGCCAAAGACGAGAAGUAGAUGAUUUGACCGAAACUAGAGGAAUCAAACAAUCCAAGAAAGUUAUUUUCUAAAACAAUCAUAAUUUAUUAUCAAUAUUGACAAAAAUUUAUUAGAGGGCACUGGGCAUGAAAAACAAAGCGUAAAAGGAAAAAAAAAAGUCUCCACACUGUUUCUUGUGCUUGUAUUAUUGCAUAUUCUCCUUUUCUUUUCCUGAAGGGUUUCCAUAGCUGCAUCUCAUUAAGAGCAAAAUCUUCCCAGUACUGUCAACAGAAGGCUACCAGAAGCUUGCACAUUUAGACUGAGAUAAUCCCUAUCUGUCUUGUUUAUUUGUGGGCUUUAUUUAUUCCAAGACGUGUAAAUUAGAUUAUUUUACUUGUGCAGUGAUUAAAUGAAAUCUGUCCUUUGUUCUGUGUUCACUCAAAGCAAUACCAUAUUACUGUUGACCUCCUUAAUAAAUUCUUUCCAAUACCCA